CUUCCGUGCUUAAACAACAAAUAUGAGCAGCCGUGAUCGCCCACGGGGCCCUCCGUCGAGUGAUCUCCCCCCUCAAAGGGAUCCGCGUCGUGGAGGCGAUGGUCGCAAUGGCGGAUUUGCCGGACCCGGCGAUGGCUCCUUGUCAAGGGCGGAGAAGUUUGAGGACGAAAAGAGGCGGAUCAUCCACAGCUGCUUCUCAAAGAAAGAUAGUGAUGGAACUUUGGUCGAGUCCUACAUAACACAUGUCCGCAUCAUUGAAGAUGCGGCGUACCCGUCUACCCCCGCUCCCCCGAAUUCGCCGCCUGAAAACAAGAAGCCUAGAGUAAUCACUGUUGCUGUCAGAAGAUCGGGCAGAGUGCGCUUGCACAAAGCUAGGGAAAAUAACGACGGAUCUUUCUCGAUUGGGAAAACAUGGAUGUUGGACGACUUAUCCGCCAUUCAGUCGUAUAACGCCCUGGUACCGUCGACCCCAUUAGAACAACAGCAGAAGCAGUGGGCUCUCAAUCUUGGAUUUGUGGUCACCGUGGGGAAGCCCUAUUAUUGGCAUGCGCGGACCUCGAAAGAGAAGGACUUUUUUAUAGGCAGUCUGAUCAAAAUCUAUCGCAAAUAUACUGGCGGCAAGGUGCCCACGCUUAUCGGAUUCGACGAUCGUGAACGGCAACUGCUGGCUGGGCCUCCUCCGACUGCACCGCCAGGCCCUCAAGCCCCCCAUCCCGGACCUUCUCGAUCUGAUGUGACCUUACCUCCCCCUCGCCCACCCUCAUCUCAGGGUAGUCGACCUCAGUCUCCGUACACAAGCCGUGCCCCCAGUCGCGAUGGACCCAAGCGGCCUCCGGCCGAGGAACACACUCUCCGGAGUCAGAAGAGUCGAGAGCAGAUGGCAAGGCCAUCCACUGGUCAGUCUGCGAAAAGCGGGUUUUCACCACUCGGUCCCCCGUCACACCCGCCGCCGAUACCCCUGGACCAUCGUGAGCAGCCUCCCCCUCGUGCGACCGAACGAAUGGGAACAGAUUACAGGGGCCCGAAGGCACCACUGCCCCCUCCGCACGAAUCUAGAAGUAGGGACUUCCCUUCAAGUCUACAGGUUACCCCUUCUGCUGGGUCACUGGAGAGGUCCAACGGCCACAACAUUCAGAUCGGCGAAAUCAGCCCAGGAGUCUCUAACCUGGAAGUUCGGCCACCGUCCUCCCGAGAUGGAAGGCCAGGUCCCGAGUCCAGACCUGCUAUGCUCCGUACCCAUGAUCUACACACUAGUCGCAGCAAGGAUGGCCUUCGACCUACCACACCCGGUAGUGCGGGACCGCGGUCACCUCUGCGAGAAGCAUCAGAAAGGUCGUCUAGGUCAGAUAUACAGACAGAGCCCCAGGAGCUCGAGGCUCCUGUCAGCUCCAUGGUCGGAGACCUGCCGUCCACUUUGAUGCCGGGCAUGUCAGCAGGCAACAAGACGCCAACGACUCCCCAGAAUCCCGAACCUAUUGCUGUUCCAGUUCCCGCACCCGCACCCGCACCCGCACCCCCACCUGCACCCGCACCCGCACCACCACCAGCACCGGAGUUGAUCAUAGCACAACCAGAACCUCCCCAGUCACAGGACGCUGCCGAACCAGCUGCGGAAUUGGAACCUUCUAUGUCAACCACUCCUCCUGAUGAAUCUGAACUUGUAGCGGAGGACCUUGACGCGCAUCGCCCGGGCCUUGGUCCGAUGGUAAAGAAAAAGCAAAGCAAGGAUAUUGCUGGAGCAUUCCGCAAAGCCGCCACUACUUACGGCGCUUUCAAGCCGAGACCCGGAGGUGCAGGCGAGAGGCUUCUAGCAGCGGCGAAAAAGCAGAAAGCAGCCACGGAUGAACCCGACGGUAUCACGAGCGUUGUUCCGGCCCCAUUUUUGCUUCGGACGAACAGCGACAACACAACGGUUGGCCCCGACAGCCCGGACAAAGAGGAAGCUCCUGCUUUACCUCAAGCCACAGAAGAACAGCCCGCUGCACCUCCACCAAUCACAAUUCCUGUACCGGAACCUCCUACGGUCGAAGUAACCCAAGCUCCCCCGCUAGAGCCCGUCGUUGACCCAGUCGAAGCACCCAGUGAUACGCGGAGUACAUCGAGAUCCACGAAACAAAUUCUCACGGAUGAGAGGUCAAGGUCUGUGUCGCCUUCACCACAUGACCGUCGCCGUAGACGUCACGAAGACAACACAAUCAAGUACUGCCAGUCACUUGGGAUCAACCCCAGUAUUUUGGUAGGGCGGGGUGUGGAGUUCGAUGACAUUUUGACAGAUCUUGGCUGGAACGGACGGCUGAGCGAUGAGAAGCGUAUCGAAGAUCUUGAAGCGGAUAUACGUCGUGAGAUAGGGCGGGUUGAGGCUACCAGCUGGCUUGGUAAUCUGGAGCAACAGGAGGGGAAAAUUGAUCAACUGGCCAGACUCAUUGACAAGACGGUCGAGGAAUGCGAAGAGUUGGAUAACCUUCUUACUCUGUACGCGCAUGAACUGAAUACACUUCACGACGAUGUGGCCUAUAUUGAAACACAAUCGCAGGGUCUGCAAGUGCAGACGGCUAACCAGAAGUUACUUCAGAACGAGCUACAGAACCUUCUAAAGACCCUCUCUAUUUCUUCUGAUGACCUACGUGCGCUAAAGGAAUCGUCGCUGAGCAAUCCAGAUGGGCUACGAGAUACUGAACUCGCGCUGUCAAUAUUGUACAAGGCAAUGCUGAUGAUAGAUUCUGAUAUACGGCAGAACAAGAGACGGCUGGCCGACUCUGCUGGAGAUCAUGGCAGCCUGGGCGUCUACGCUGACACUGAAAUUGGACAGAUGCGAGCCAUCCAGGAGAAGAAAGAGGAAUAUCGCACACAUGUUCGUGUGUUCUUGCAGCGAUUAAAACAAUUCAUGACGAUCGCCUACAGGAUUGCAGAGCAGAAGAGGAUCGACGCUGUAGCAGCCGCUGUCCAAAAGGAUCCGCUUAAGCUUAACAGCGAAGCUCGGGCGUACUGUCGUCGAGAAUUGUGGCAGUACCAUGCAGUGAUUCUCUUUGCGAGGGAAGUCAGUGGAGGAGAGUGGCAGGCCCUAAUCAAUCUCUAUGAACAACAGGCUAAAGCGCCUUAUCAGAAUGACUUCCGAGAUAACAAUUUGUCUUGGAAGAAGAUGGCAAGAAAACCCACAGGGGAUGAGCAGGAGCUCCUUUUCACCCAUCAAGAGAAGGAAAAGGAGAGUGAAGGUAUCACGAUGGCUGCUCGCAAGCUCACAGUCCGCAGAGGCAAGACUAUCCGAGCGGCGGCAGGACUCAAGCUAUCUUCCAGUGAUAAGCAAACCGGCAAGCUUGAGCCUUGUGAAGCAUUCGCAGGCACACUCCAAGAGACACUGAGAAUGAUUUCCGAGGAGCAGAACUUCAUUGUUCAUUUCUUCCACCUGAACUCGCUCUCUACAGUCGAAUUUCCUGACCUAGUCGCUUCGGGCGCUCCUGACGAGCGCAGGGUUCCUAAUUUCAGCGUUAAACAAUUACAUGACCCGGAUCGAGGCAUGGCAAAGAAGGUGGAACAGGGUAUGGACGAGCUCUUCUCAUUCUGGCCAACUGAUAUGCAAAAUCUUGUAGACUGGGCUAUUCAAGCCGACCCACUACAAGGAAUUGGUAUCCUGCUGGCGUUAGAGAAGGCUAUGUCGGAGUUCGAUGAUGCAAAUCAAGACUUCAUUGUCCACUCACUGCAGAAACUGCAUUCCCGACUCCUUGGCCUGUUCAACCGUUUCGUGGAUGAACAAAUUCGAGGCAUCGAAGAAACCAAAGUCAAGGUAAACAAGCGCAAGGGCGUCAUCUCCUUCAUGCGAGUGUUCCCGAACUUUGCCACUGCAGUGGAGAACCUCCUUUCGCAGCAGUCGCAGGAAUUCUAUGAUAUCCGGAUCAGUGUCAACGAAGCUUACGAUCGCAUUAAUCGUGCCAUGUGGGAGUCGCUCAAAUUCAUCGCCAAGGAAGCUCCGGGCCAACCUACAGCAGCGACAGCCGCGUCCGGCGAUCCGGAGGAUAAAGAGAUCCUGAACUAUCACAUUCUCUUGAUCGAGAACAUGAAUCACUACGUGGAAGAGGUCGGGAUUCGGGAUCUCCUGGUUCUGGAGCGAUGGCACGCCCGGGCGCAGCAAGACAUGCAAGAGCACUUGAAGCUGUAUCUGGAUUCGGUCAUUCACCGACCUCUAGGCAAGCUGCUCGAGUUCGUCGAGUCUGUUGAGAAUUUACUGGCGAGCGGUAUGAAUCCCGCGGACAUCGCCAGCCGGCCCAGCCACUCGCGAUCGGUGGCGAAGAAGGUGAUGGCUGCGUACGACGGGAAGGAAGUCCGACGAGGCAUUGAAGGGCUAAAGAAGCGGGUUGAGAAGCACUUUGGUGAUGCGGACGAUCCGGGCCUGAGUCGGAGUCUGGUGUUGAAGGUGCUCCGGGAAUGCGAGGGUCGUUACGAGGAGGCGUACGACCGUACCCGGCGCAUCAUUGACACAGUGUAUGAGGGACAACUGGAGCUGGAAUGGCGCAAGGAGGAGGCAGCUGCCAUGUUUCAAAGAUGACAGAUGAUUAUUAUUGGUAUUUUUAAGUUUCUGCCCUUGCUUGGCUGUCUGUUACCUGCUGUUGAGUGCGAAUCAUACAAGGGGCGCAUGGAAUUGGGCGUUUGCUUCUUCAUUUUCCAGGUUUACAUCUCUUGUUAUAAGCCGCUGGCUUGUCCGAGUACCCUUCUAUUUCUGUACUUAUAGUUCGUGAAUAGGUCGUAAUUGUUGAGUGGGG